AUGUCUUCCUCGACUAAUUUUGCUGCAGUGGUGUUUCUAUCCUAUCCAUUGCUAGAUUUUGCCCCAUUUUUCGAAUUUUGUUGCCACAUACUGCCACGUUCGCUUCCUUCAACUCCACCCACUUCCCCUCAACGAGCCCAGUCUGCUGCGCGUCAAGCCGAGAGAAAUCAACAUAAUCUUGGCUCGCCUCCUGCACAACGUCUACCGCAAAAUGAUCCUGCCCCUGUAGCACCAGAUGCUCCCCAUAUUAAUAUUCCUCAUAUGCUAGGAAAUUCAAAUCAUGCUCAGAUCCCUGUGCAGAGAUUUCCAGGAAUUCCACACAAUGCAAUUGAGCGUCAUGAGGCGCAUCGUCAAUGGAGUGCUCAUCACCCACCACCACCCCCACCUGCUCCAGGCUUUGGCUAUUUUCCUCCUGGUCCCCCUCUUCCUCCUCCUGUCCCUGUCUAUCCUCCAGGAUUUGGUGGCUAUCAUCUCCCUCCUACUCCUGUCCCUGCCCCAGCUCCUGCUCCUGUCUAUCCUGCUGCUCAAAUGCCAAUGUAUGGUGCUGUAUAUUAUGAGGGUGCAGCUUGCCCUCAAAAUAUGCAAAAUGCCCAUCCCAUUCCUCAGCCUGGUGCUCAGGGAGCAAAGACGCAACAGACGAGAUCCUGCUCCAAAUCCACAACCUCCUGA